AUGUCCAUCUCUAAAGCCCUCGUCUUCGACAUCGGAGAUGUUCUCUACGGCUGGGAAGCGCCUCCACUCGGGACGACCAACAUCCCACCAAAAAUGCUGCUAGCCAUGAUCGCAACUCCAAUCUGGGCCGACCAUGACAUCGGCAAGUUCAAUGAGGCCGUCUGCUUCGCCAAGCUUGCUGAAGAAUUUGAUCGAAGUCCCGCUGAGGUCGAUCUCGCCUUUGCUAUGAUUCGCGAUGGGCUCCAGUUGAACAAAGCCUUGGCCGAUCUCCUCCGGUCACUUAAAACAAAUCCGAAUGUACAGGCCUUAUAUAUCAUGUCUAACAUCUCGCAAGAGUUAUUCACUCACUUGAGAACAAGAGAUGACGGGAUGGAUUGGAAUCUGUUCAAGGAGAGUUUUGUUUCGGGAGAGGCGGGGUUGCGAAAGCCAGAUGCUGCGUUCUAUACACUUGUCCUGCAAAGGAUUGGGCUUCCGGCUGAGAAUAUAUUCUUUGUCGAUGAUAAGGCAAAUAAUGUGGAUGCGGCUCGGGCAUUGGGAAUCCAAGGCGCGGUUUACACGAUUAUGGAGAAGUUGGAACACGCCAUUCGAGACUUUUUGGGGUAA